AUGAUUUCGGAGAUCACUCUGCUAGGUCAAUUCAGAGGGAAGACUUCAGAUGGCGUGACGCAGUUCCUCGGCGUCAAGUAUGCCUCAAUUCGAAACCGAUUUGCCGACGCUGAGAUGAUCGGAUAUGGCGAAGGUGAUGCUAUCCUGGAUGCAACUGAAUAUGGGUACGACGGUUCCAUCUAUUGGGCAUUCCCUGACGUAUACAUUAUGAAGCUAACUUCGAAGCCAUCGUCAGACCAGUCGCUCCUUCUUUGCCUUUCGGGUGGAUUUGCUGAGUCUGAUCUGGAUUGUCUCAAUUUGAAUAUCACACUCCCUGCUGCGACAAGUCCUGCAUCCAAGCUUCCUGUCUUUUUGUUUAUUCACGGAGGUGGACUUGUUACCGGAGCGAGCUCCUUUCCCCAGUAUGACAUGGCAAGAUUCGUCAAAAUGUCUGUCCAGAAGGGGUUCCCAAUCAUAGCUGUUUCCAUCAAUUAUCGAUUAGGAAUCUCUGGAUUUCUUACCUCGUCCGAGCUGAGAGAGGCUGGAUUUAAGCCUAAUAAUGGCCUUCGGGAUCAACGAGUGGCAAUUAUGUGGAUACAAAAGCAUAUCGGUACAUUUGGAGGAGACGACCAGAAUGUUACACUAGCAGGGAUGAGCGCAGGCGCAGCUGCGGUAACACUCCAUUUACAGUGCAGCAAGCAGCUCUUCACAAGAGCAAUAGCAAUGAGUGGCAGUUAUCUUAUGACACAGCCCUUACCCUAUCAUGCCCAUGAAGAGAGCUAUAAGCAGGCCAUAGACGCAUUAGGUUUGGCAAAUGUGACGCCGGAAGAAAGAGUCACUGUACUAGUGAACUGUCCUACGCACGAAUUGUAUUCGAAAAUUCUGCCGAGGGUGCCAGUGGGUUUCGCAGUUGAUGGAGACUUGGUCCCUUCAGAAGUCGCAUUCCCAAAAACACGCAGCGACAUGGAAAACGGUCCACCCAGCAGGGGCAACAAUUGCAAGGACAUGAUGAUUGGUUGUGCUCAAAUGGACGCAAGCAUAUGCUCCUUGUUAACUCCUCACUGGAAAAAGGAUGCGGCGCAAAAUAUGAAUGCCGCGAUGAGAGACGUUCUUAAAGCUCAUCCAAUUGAAGCACAGGAGAUCUUUGAGAGAUACGGCCUGGAAAAGACGAUGUCAGAUGAAGUAGCAUUCCCCGCGGUGCUUAACUUCGUCAACGAUGUGGUGGCGUUAGCACCUGUGGUUGCUUUCGCGAGGACCUGGCAAGGGAACCUCUAUGCUUAUUACUUCAACGAAAGGAACCCCUGGGAAGGCCCCUGGGAAGGCCAAGCGUCUCACAUUCUUGAUCUUGCAUAUCUUUUCCAAAAUUAUAGGGAGUACUUAACUGAAGAGCAGCAAGCAGUGGCUGAAGCUUUUGCGGAGGACUUUCUCAAAUUUUGCCACGGGGUCAGCCCAUGGCCUGUUGUUGAUGAAACCGCCACAAAAGACACGUUUCCAGUGCGUGUGUUCGGUCCCAGUGAUGAAGGACUCACUGCCAAAGUAGAUGUACGUGCGUAUGGUGGCGAAACUAUGCGGAGAAGCACUGUCUUUGACUACGCGGACAAGAUAUCCUUGGACGAGAUGUUGAUGAUUGUGAGGGAAUUUGGUGUAAAAGCUUCUGAAACGCUCUUGGCGGCCUGA